UGUGCUUGACAGCAGCUUGUUCCACUGUCAAAUCACGAGCAUUAUUUUGUUUACAGUUCUUUCGGCAACGAAACUGGACGCAUCUCCAAAAUGGCUCGUAAUGCGGAAAAGGCGAUGACGACACUGGCUCGAUGGCGGGCGGCAAAAGAAACCGAAACGGGAAAACAGGAACGGCGUCCGUACCUUGCCUCAGAGUGUCGCGAUUUAGGACAAUGCGAAAAGUGGCGCUUGGAAAUCAUUCGAGAAAUAUCGAAAAAAGUAGCACAAAUUCAAAACGCUGGUUUGGGUGAAUUUCGCAUCCGUGAUUUAAAUGAUGAAAUAAACAAAUUGCUUCGCGAGAAACGCCAUUGGGAGAAUCAGAUAUCCGAUCUUGGUGGGCCACACUACCGUCGCUAUGGUCCGCGAAUGUUCGAUGCCGAGGGUCGCGAAGUGCCCGGCAAUCGUGGAUACAAAUACUUCGGUGCAGCUAAAGAUCUUCCUGGGGUGCGAGAGCUGUUCGAACAGGAACCACCACCACCGCCGAAGAAAACUCGUGCCGAAUUGAUGAAGGAUAUUGAUGCCGAUUACUAUGGCUACCGGGAUGAUGAUGAUGGCAUCCUGCUACCACUGGAAGAAAAGGCAGAAAAGCUUGCGAUUCAGCGUGCCGUGGAAGAGUGGAACAGUGCGAAAGGUACUCAAAAGUCAACAGAGAAAGAGGACGAUGAACCGGACAUAUAUGGGUCGGAUGCGUACAUUGCACGGGACCCGGAAAAGCAAGCGAAGGAAGAUCCGAUGGGAUUGCUUGGGCCACGCUUUACAGCGCACGUACCCGUUCCAAGCCAAAAGGAAAUAGAAGCCGCCCUGCUAAAGAAGCGAAAACAAGAACUGAUGAAAAAGUACGGCAUCGAGGAUGAUGAAUAAAUGUAGCAUUUUCGUAAUGAUAAGCCAACAAA